AUUUAUUUUUGUUUCAGAUAAAUUGUGUUGUAUGUUUGCUUAUGUUUCUCAGUAUUGUAUCUUACUUAUUGUAUUAAAAGAUUAAGCAGUAACAUGGCGCUUAAGGCUCUUAUUGGAGAACGCAUCAUGAACGAUGUGGUGAGACAAGUGAAAACUAAAUCAAAGUGGAAAAUUCUUGUUCUGGACCGUUUAAGUGUCAGAAUCAUUUCAUCCUGCUGUAAAAUGAAAGAUAUAAUAGAUGAGGGUAUAACAUUGGUUGAAGACCUUACAAAAACAAGGCAGCCAAUGCCAGCAUUUGAAGUCGUAUACUUCGUCACUCCAUGCAAGGAUUCAGUCGAACAUAUCAUAGAUGACUUUGUGGAUGACAGGAAAUAUAAACACGUCCAUAUUUUCUUCACUGAUUCAUGCUCAGACCCACUGUUCAAGAUGCUGUGCCAAUCCAAUGUAUCUAAGUACAUUAAGUCGCUCAAGGAAGUAAACAUAGCAUUUCUACCAUAUGAGUCUCAGGUCUUUACACUGGACUGCCCUGAUUCGUUUGAAGCUAUAUACAGUCCCGGCCACACGGAUAAGAGAGACAAAUGCAUGGAGAGAGUCGCUGAACAACUUUCAACAUUAUGUGCUGUGUUGGGAGAAUACCCUUCUAUUAGAUACAGACAAGAAGGAGAAAAGUCGUUGCUGCUCGCACAAUUACUUCAAAGCAAACUGGAUGGUUUUAAAGCUGAUAAACCAGACAUGGGAGAAGGACCAGAUAAAUCCCGCUCACAGUUGAUAAUAUUAGACCGAGGGUUUGACCCGGUAUCGGUGCUUGUGCAUGAACUCACAUACCAAGCAAUGGUGCAGGACCUGCUGCCAAUAUCUAAUGAUGUUUAUAAAUAUGAGAACCAACAGCAACCAGGACAGCCAGAGAAACAAGUUCUACUUGACGAGGACGACGAUUUAUGGGUGUCGCUCCGCCAUGAACAUAUUGCCGUUGUUUCACAGAAAGUGACGUCCCAUUUGAAGUCAUUUGCGAAGGAGAAGAGAAUGGACAGUGGGGAGAAAACAACCAUGCGCGAUCUGUCUAAUAUGCUUAAGAAGAUGCCGCAGUAUCAAAAAGAACUCAGCAAAUACUCUACACAUUUACACAUGGCAGAAGACUGUAUGAAGCAAUAUACAGACCGUGUCGAUAAGCUAUGUAAAGUGGAACAGGACCUGGUUAUGGGAACGGACGCUAAGGGAAACCAUAUUAAAGAACCCAUGAAAAGUGUGGUCCAUAUUCUACUGGAUAAAGAUGUACAGCCGUUCGAUAAAAUAAGGAUCAUUCUGCUGUACAUUGUGCUUAAAAAUGGGAUUCCUGAAGAAAACUUGAAGAAACUGAUCCACCAUGCUGAAAUAUCGGAAGCUGAUCAAGCGUCCAUCAGAAACUUCAACCAUCUUGGGGUCACCAUAGUAAAUAAUGAGAACCGCAAGAAAAGUGGACCGAAGUUGGAGAGACGUGAGCAUGAGGCAACGUACCAGUUAUCACGUUGGGUUCCUAUUAUAAAAGACAUCAUGGAAAUGGCAAUUGAUGAUAAAUUAGACCAACGGUUGUUCCCAUUUCUUUCUGGGAGAGGAUCCGGUUCUGGGAGUACCAGUGUGAAGAGUGCUCGAUACCAUUGGCACAAAGACAAAGGACCAUCGGAUUACAAAUCUGGUCCUCGUCUCAUUAUAUUUGUUAUCGGAGGAAUGUCGUGCUCCGAGAUGAGAACCGCUUAUGAGGUCACAAAGAGACUCCGAGACAAAGGAGACAAAUGGGAGGUUCUGAUUGGUUCCACUCACUUCUGGCAGCCGAACGAAUUAUUGGCAGAAGUAGCGAGUCUUACUGAAGGACAAUGACGCGAUGGGUCGCUGGUAGCCGGGUUACCGUCCGCUCUUCGUAGGAGUUUACGAAGACUUUCAAUCUCUAAGAAAAAAAAGGGCAAUGACAUCAUACAGCCUAUUAUGACAUCAGCAAACACGAACAACAACAAUCGUGUUAGAUACGGUUCUACUUCUUCAAGUUUGAAACACGACCAGGUUAAAUUAAAUCUGGAAACAGUGGAGAAUAGGGGAAGGUCUUCUUCUAAAAGGACUCCACGAUCCAGGUCAAGUUCUCGUGGUCGUAAAAAUCGUAUGAUGUCAGAAUUUAGCUCUUUAGAGCCAUCUAGCGGACACGAAAACCCAGCUUUCAGCGGCACUCAACAAUAAUGUUACUUUUACGAAACAUCUGUGCAAAAAUGAGAGUUAAAUAAUUUUUAACACGAUAUAUUUAUUUACAUGUCAUUUUUUUGUGAUUUUUCAUUAUUUUCUCUUUAAAGCAAUAUAAAAGUCUUCCGUUUAAAACUUUUUCUGAAGUUCCUAGCGAAAAAAAAAAGAAAAAAGUGAUUUUAAUGUUUCUGUUUAUUUUUUCUCUAGAUCAAAUCAAAGUUGUGUAUUUUAUUGAUGUUCUGUCGAAGUUAAUCAUUCCAUCGUUACUGUUAAUAUAAAGAUAACAAUAAUAUC